CCCCCCCUGACAAACUCAGUCAGUAGACAACACAUCCGAGAGAGCUCGCUGGUCAACUACGCAUCAAUAUUCCUCUUUCUUAAAUUAGCCACGUUAAGCUUCGCGAUACCGCCCCCAAUUUCAGUGUCGGUACGGAGCCGCCAGGCCGGGACAGAGACGGAGAGAGAGCCCUCGGCCAUGGAAGCGCUCGGACCCGUACCCUCUCCGCCCCCCCCUCCAGGCCCGCCGACCCCGGCUCCCUCUCCGUUCCAGCCCCCCCGGCGGCCAGGCCUGGGCACGGUGGGGAAGCCCAUCCGCCUGCUGGCCAACCACUUCCAGGUGCAGAUCCCCAAGAUCGACGUGUACCACUAUGACAUCGACAUCAAGCCCGAGAAGCGGCCGCGGAGGGUCAACAGGGAGGUGGUGGACACCAUGGUUCGCCACUUCAAGAUGCAGAUCUUCGGUGACCGGCAGCCGGGCUACGACGGGAAGAGGAACAUGUACACGGCCCACCCGCUGCCCAUCGGGAGAGACCGGGUGGACCUGGAGGUGACCCUGCCCGGCGAGGGGAAGGACCAGACCUUCAAGGUGUCCCUGCAGUGGGUGUGCGUGGUGAGUCUCCAGAUGCUGCUGGAGGCGCUGUCGGGGCACCUCAACGAGGUCCCGGAAGACUCGGUGCAGGCCCUGGACGUCAUCACGCGACACCUGCCCUCCAUGAGGUACACUCCUGUGGGGCGCUCGUUUUUCUCCCCCCCAGAGGGCUACUACCACCCCCUGGGGGGGGGGAGGGAGGUGUGGUUCGGCUUCCAUCAGUCUGUCCGUCCUGCCAUGUGGAACAUGAUGCUCAACAUCGACGUGUCGGCCACUGCGUUCUACCGGGCCCAGCCGGUCAUAGAGUUCAUGUGUGAGGUGCUGGACAUCCAGAACAUCAACGAGCAGACCAAGCCCCUCACAGACUCCCAGCGCGUCAAAUUCACCAAGGAAAUACGAGGUCUUAAAGUGGAGGUCACACACUGCGGUCAGAUGAAGAGGAAGUACCGUGUGUGCAACGUUACCCGCCGUCCUGCCAGCCACCAGACGUUCCCCCUGCAGCUGGAGAACGGCCAAGCCAUGGAGUGCACGGUGGCCCAGUACUUCAAGCAGAAGUACAGCCUGCAGCUCAAGUACCCCCACCUGCCCUGCCUGCAGGUGGGGCAGGAGCAGAAGCACACCUACCUGCCCCUCGAGGUGUGUAACAUUGUGGCCGGCCAGCGCUGCAUUAAGAAGCUGACAGACAACCAGACGUCCACCAUGAUCAAAGCCACCGCCCGCUCUGCCCCGGACAGGCAGGAGGAGAUCAGCCGACUGGUGAGUGACGGCGCCCUCCUCUGGACAGGGGUGAAGAGCAACAGCAUGGUGGGGGGUCCCGACCCGUACCUGAAGGAGUUUGGCAUCGUGGUGCACAACGACAUGACGGAGGUGACGGGCCGGGUGCUGCCCGCGCCCAUGCUGCAGUACGGGGGUCGCGUCGGCAGCGACUCGGGCCGGGACUGUGGCAGGGGACUCUCUCCGCAGAAUAAGACUGUGGCCACGCCCAACCAGGGCGUGUGGGACAUGAGGGGGAAGCAGUUCUACGCCGGCAUCGAGAUCAAAGUGUGGGCGGUGGCCUGCUUCGCGCCGCAGAAACAGUGCCGGGAGGACCUGCUGAAGAGCUUCACGGACCAGCUGAGGAAGAUCUCCAAGGACGCGGGGAUGCCCAUCCAGGGCCAGCCCUGCUUCUGUAAAUACGCCCAGGGGGCGGACAGCGUGGAGCCCAUGUUCAAACACCUCAAGAUGUCCUACGUGGGCCUGCAGCUCAUCGUGGUCAUCCUGCCCGGCAAGACCCCCGUCUAUGCGGAGGUGAAGCGUGUGGGAGACACCCUGCUGGGAAUGGCCACCCAGUGCGUCCAGGUGAAGAACGUGGUGAAGACCUCCCCCCAGACCCUGUCCAACCUCUGCCUGAAGAUCAACGCCAAACUGGGGGGCAUCAACAACGUCCUUGUGCCGCACCAGAGGCCCUCUGUGUUCCAGCAGCCAGUCAUCUUCCUGGGGGCGGACGUCACGCACCCGCCCGCGGGCGACGGGAAGAAGCCGUCCAUCGCGGCGGUGGUGGGCAGUAUGGAUGGGCACCCCAGCCGCUACUGCGCCACCGUCCGCGUCCAGACGUCCCGGCAGGACCUGUCCCAAGAGCAGCUGUUCAGCCAGGAGGUGAUCCAGGACCUGACCAACAUGGUUCGGGAGCUCCUCAUCCAGUUCUACAAGUCCACGCGCUUCAAGCCCACCCGCAUCAUCUACUACCGGGGGGGCGUGUCCGAGGGCCAGAUGAAGCAGGUGGCGUGGCCGGAGCUGAUCGCCAUCAGGAAGGCGUGCAUCAGCCUGGAGGAGGACUACCGGCCGGGCAUCACCUACAUCGUGGUCCAGAAGCGCCAUCACACCCGCCUCUUCUGCUCCGACAAGUCCGAGAGGGUUGGGAAGAGCGGCAACGUCCCGGCAGGAACCACGGUGGACAGCACCAUCACGCACCCGUCCGAGUUUGACUUCUACCUGUGCAGCCAUGCAGGCAUCCAGGGCACCAGCCGGCCCUCCCACUACCACGUCCUGUGGGACGACAACUGCUUCACGGCGGACGAGUUGCAGCUGCUCACCUACCAGCUGUGCCACACCUACGUGCGCUGCACCCGCUCCGUGUCCAUCCCCGCGCCCGCCUACUACGCCCGGCUGGUGGCCUUCCGCGCGCGCUACCACCUGGUGGACAAAGACCACGACAGUGCGGAGGGCAGCCACGUGUCGGGCCAGAGCAACGGCCGGGACCCCCAGGCGCUGGCCAAGGCGGUGCAGAUCCACUACGACACCCAGCACACCAUGUACUUCGCCUGAACGCCACCAGCUCCCUUUUCCCCACUUCCCCGCCCCCUUUCUCUCCUCUCUCUUCCGUGUCUGUCCUCCCCCCACUACCUUAAACCUCCCUUUUUUUUUAUUGUUUCUCUAUCACUGUGUCUCUCUCCCUCCCCGCCGUCGGUUAUCUAUGUCUCUCUCCCUUCUUUUUGUUGAGGAUCCUCCCCUGACGAGGCCUCAACUCUGCCAUCUUUCUUCGCCCUCCUGGCACCUUUCUGUUCGAACUGGGGGUGGGUGGGUGGGGGGGGGGGGGGGGGGAGGGAGGGAGGGGGGGGACGCAAACACCAACACCAACAAGAGUUCUGUACGGAGCCGCCUCUACAACCAGCAAAUCGUGGCAACCGUGGAACCCGAUGCACAAUCGAUUUUUAUAAAAAGACGACACACACACAGACCCCAUUACGAGCCAUUACUGUGACGGUUCCAUUGUUGUUUUUUUUAACCCAAACCGAGUGAUCGUUACUCAAACCUUGAUUUGUUUUUGAACCGGGCGGGGGGGGGGGGGGGAAAAAGAAAAAGAAAAAAAACACGAAACAACAACAUGGCCGUUAUGUGCUGGGUGAACUCGCUGGUGGGCGGCGCCGCGUUGCCAUGGCAGCUCCCAUCAGCCGACAGGACUCUGACUCUACCUUUACCUCAAAGCCCCACACGGGCACAACUCUGUCACAAGGUCUCGGGUUGAGUUUUCCUUUAAGGGGAGGGGGGGGGGGGGGGGGGGGGGGGCUACAGGGGGGAAAGGGGAGUUGAGUUUUUUUUUUUCAGAAUAUGUCUAUAUAUAAAUAUCUAAAUAUAUGAUGCAUAUAUUUUUUGUUCCUUUUUAUGAGCGUGCACGUUCGGUUCGUUUCUUUACAGUCUUCUACAAAAGCGAGGUGACCUUGGUCAAAUCCACUGCUCCCCCCCCCCCCCCCCCCCCCCCCCUUAAUUUAGCAACAAAUAAGUGUGUGUUUGCUUUUGUGUAUGGCAGUUCGGUAAAGUGUGUGUGUGUGUGUGUGUGUGUGUGUGUGUGCGCGCGCGUUUCAUUGCAAGCCACUGCAUUGUAAAGGGAAAACUGCUGUAAAAGCCUCAGAUGUUGAUGUUUUUAUAUUCACACAUACAGGACAUAUAUAACUUAUAUUUAAAUCUAUGAGAGCAACUUUUAAGCAGAUUACGUAUCUUUUCCCCCCUCCAGGGGGAGGUAUUGGCAGUAGUCCCGGGUCUGUUAUUCAGCGGAACCUCUUUGGUCACUCUGCGCGUUUUCGGUCCUAACAAAUACUACUUCACUGGGUUUUUGCGAACUCUGUAUCCUACUAACGUUGGCUGUCUGGCUGGUGAAAUGAAACGUGACUUUUAAUGUCACUUGCGACACCAACGGUUUUCUGUGUACAGUUGAAACUGUCCCAGAGUGGUUACCAUAGCAGCAGCAGUGUGGAGUGACCCGAUUGGUUUCCAGGGGAAACAGGCUUGGGCCUUUUCAUGUAGCAGCGGUUUAGUGUGCGUUUAGAUUCAUUCACCUGUGGCUCCAGAUUUGGCCACGAGAUGGCGCUGUCUGAGUGCGGUAGGGCUUCAAGCCACAGAGCCCUGAUAAUCACCCGAUUGAGGCGAUGUUGAAAGACUGUCAAAAGAGGAUUGGUUGUUUUAUUUUAAUCUCUUCCCCCACAAUAGAGGUGCUAGCCAUCCUGUAUUGUGUGUGUGUGUGUGUGUGUGUGUGUGUGUGUGUGUGUGUGUGUGUGUGUGUGUGUGUGUGUGUGUGUGUGUGUGUGUGUGUGUGUGUGUGUGUGUGUGUGUGUGUGUGUGGCCAUCGCUGAUACUGACCCAGGCGAGAGGGGGACAGAAAUGGAGCGCACUCAAACAACUCACCUGACCUUUUAUGCAUUUAUACAUAAGAAAUCGACACAAAAACAGAUUUGUAAAAGUUUAAUAUAAGACGUUUUGGUGGACAUUCUCUUGAAGAAAAUAUUGUCGUUUAGAAAUCGGUAGAUGACCGUCGGUGUUGUUAUUGUUCCGUGUCGUUGUUCUUGUUGUUACUAUGGUGAUGACAUUUUAAGGUUUGGUAGCAAAGCCACUUGUGUAGUUUUUAUAUAGUGACUUUUAGAGUGAGCCUGUGGGUCAGUGGAGCUUUGUGUUGGAAAACUUAAUGGUAGCAUUCUGGCCAUGAGAAGGAGAGUGACGACAAGGAGGAGAGGGAGGGAGAGGCUGCAAGAUGGCUGAUUUUAUACUCCUUUUUUGUAGCUACCGUUGUGUGUAAAGAUUGGAGUCAGCCUCUGCUUAUUAGGGAUAGGGUGCGGAUGAGCAGGCAGCUGAUUGGUCGAUGCCCCUGCUCGUUAGUUCGGGUGUGGAUGAGCGGGACGCCGAUUGGUCGAGGCUCAACCGUGGUGUUGUGGAGACGGCGAACGUCUUGAGUGGUAAAGCGCAGGGGAUUGGACUUUUAAAAAAGAAUAACCGUGGGGCAGAUACGAAUUGGAUUUAUUUUUUAACUUCAAACCUACUAAGAAAAACCAACGGUUCUUUUCUAUUGUCGUUCGUCCUCUUCGAGCGACAACGCGGAUAUCUAGAAGGCUCUUAAAACGUUUUUUUUUUUUUUUGUUCCGUUUCUUUUGUACAUUUAUGCAUUUUUACCCUUGUAUUUAAUGAAUUGACAAUAAGCAUUAGCACUGACUCAUCCAUCUUCCCCACCCCCCCCCCCCUUCAACACAAACACUUAACCAACUAAUUCUGGGAACACCAGUGGUAGCCAUAGCGACAGCCACACUACGGUGGCCGGGGUUGCCAGAUUGGGCGGGAAAAGAAACGUGCCCAAUCUGGCAACCCUGACGGUGGCCAACCCCUCCACGGCGUGCGACGGGAGGGCGGGAGAGAGUUCAGGGCGCCCAGGGGGAGUCGUCGACGCACACGCCUCGCCAGGAGGGCAGCUCGGCGGGAAACCAUUUUGUAAUAAACCACCCGUAAAGCAGCAGGUUUACUAUGGAUGAGUUUGAGCACCCGCCUGCCGGGCGCGUGCGCGUUCGGCCUCGGCCAAUGGGAGGGCAGGAGUGGAAUGUGGGAGGGGCCGGUGAGCCGUUUUUCGCUGGGUUCUGGAAGAAGAGGUGUGUUGUCCUGGCAUUGCAUGCAAUAAAUUAAUCCAGACGGGGGUGGUUACAUUUUUUAUUUUUUGUUUUUAAUUUUUUUUUUAAACGUGCACUAGUUUUCUCAGCCGAGUGGGCUGACAUGAAAUGUUGUUCGAAAGGCUUCAGGAUUCGUCCGUCGGCACAAGUCUUUUUUUUUUUUUCGAGCUCCCACAACGUUCUUAUGAUAUAGGAUCAGCAAUCACUCCCCGUGUUUCAACUCGACAUUGCAAAGCAAUAUUAUUCCAAUAUGUAGUUUUUCAGACGCGAAGAAAUCAAGCUAUAAUUAUUCUCUCUUUGUGGCUCUCUCGGUCAGUUAUUGUCGUUUGUUUGUGUGUACUUUUUAUUUGUAUCUUUUCUCUUGCUUGUAUCAAUCAGUGGGGACGUGCAUUUCGUGAAAUGGCUCUGUUGACUCCGUUUUAUUUUAUCACCCCGCCUGCAUGCCAUAAAUUUUGUCCUUUUUAAAAAAUAUAUAUAAAAACAAGAAAAAAAAUGAUCAUUAUGACGACAAGGAGGAAAUACAUCGACAGUUUUUCUAAGGUAAAGCGUCGAUUUUAAAAGUGAGGCUGUUUUAAGGCUAGCGAAAUUUGUCCAGUCUCAAACCGACCCGACGUAUUUUAAAGAUUCCUACAAACACACCUGCCGUCGGUUCUUUGGCCGGCUUCGCCCGGUUCUCCCCGGGGGGUGAGGGGCGGGCGGGGGUCGAUCUCUGCCCGGCGUCCACAUUCAAACGAGGUACCCCUUUCUUAAAAAAAAAAAAAAAAACACGGACCUGGUCGAGAUCUGCCCCUGCUCCUCACCCCCCCCCCCCCCCCCUCAGGAAGGGGUCUCCUCUCCCUUCCUGGUUUUUGUGCCCCCCACCCCACCCCCCCAUCCUGUGUCCUUGGCACCUAUGUACCAUCCUCACACAAAUGCACUUACUCUUUGUGUGGCGGUGGUGAGUUUUAGCAAAACCUAACGGCACCUACGGAACAGGAUUACCUCUUUAUAACCUUUUUAAAAAGAACACGAAAUGGAUCCAUACAUUCUUUCGGGCCCUUAUUGAAAGAGAGCAUGGUUUAUUUUGUAAUUCCUAUGACUUUGAUAUAUAUGAUUAUAUCUUAAUGGAUUUGUAAGUUGACAUUGUGUAUUGUGUAAUUUAAUUUUGUUUUUUUGUUUUCUUAUUUUUGGUUCCUUAUUCGGGGUGUGUUGUAGCUUACCGUUUUUUGUUUUUCUAGCUAGUGGUCUCUUCGCUGUGUGAUUGUCCAAUAGCAAUAGAACAAUAGAAUCGGAACUGUUUGGUCUGAUUCUAUAUGAAUGGAACCCUUUUUAAAAAGUUUGAAGGGGCGGGACUUCCUCUGGCCCCUGAACAAGGGUGCCUAAUCAUUUGCUGUUAUUGCUAUUAUGUGAUGUUAUAUACUUUUUUCCUUUUUUUAGCCUGCAGGGAAUACUUGUGUUAAUGUGCAAAGUAAUAAAUUGAUAUUUUAUGCCCAUAUCAAAA